AUGUCUUAUCGGGAUCUCCGAAAUUUUACAGAGAUGAUGCGAGCCCUUGGCUAUCAUCGCUUGAUAUCAAUGGAAAAUUUCCGAAGGCCAAAUUUUCCACUGGUUGCUGAGAUCCUUCUUUGGCUUGUAAAAAGGUACGAGCCUAAUGCAGCUAUUCAUCCUGAUACAGAUACGCAACAAGAUCGAGUAUUGUUUAUUCGAUCGAUUACAGAAUUUAUGGCAACAAAAGCUCAUAUCAAACUAAAUAGCAAAAAACUAUACCAAGCUGAUGGUUAUGCUGUCAAAGAACUUCUCAAAGUGACAUCUGUUUUGUACAAUGUGAUGAAGACCAACAGUAUUGGAUCAUUGGAUGACAUGGAUGCUGAUGAGUCAAGUUCGCUUACUUUUGAUAUUUCUUCCAAGAUUAUUGACAUGAAGGAAGCCCGGAAGUUGGCCUCUGAAAUCACCACAAAAGGAGCAACACUUUAUGACCUUUUAACAAAGGAGGCUGAUUUAAGAGAAAGCCGAUCACUUGUCAUUGCCCGUCCUCUAGAGAUUGUUGAAGUUGAAAAAGGAAUUGACUCAUCUGUGAAAAUUGUACAGCAAGAGAUCCAGAAAACUAUGUCUAUGUUGGAAAAUAUUGCUUCUGAUGAGACUACAUUGGAUAACAAAAUUGAAAAACGGAAAACUGAACUUGACAGAAAUAAGAAACGGCUUCAGACAUUACAAAAUGUCAGGCCUGCCUACAUGGAUGAAUAUGAAAGGCUGGAACAAGAAUUGGAGAAAGUCUAUGAAAAUUACAUCAUCAAAUUCCGUAACCUCACUUACUUGGAACAACAACUUGAAGAAUACAAUAAAUUAGAACAGGACAAAUUUAAGGAAACCCAGUUUGCAAUGCAGUCAUCAGUUGAAAAGAUGCGAGUGGAAGAAAAGAAACAUUUGCAAUCAAGUCUUGAUGAAGAUGAUGAAUUCAGUAGAAAUUCAGAUGCCUUGGAUAGUGAAUCAGAAAUAGAAGACAGUAUUCAAUUACAUCACCAAACUCGUCCUACCAACAACAGGAUGAGACCAGAAGCUGCUAAAUUGACUAAUAAUGAAAGAAAAUUACAAGUACAAGGGUCCAUGUUUGGAGCCGAGUCAGAUGAUGAAACUGGCUUAGAUUCUGACAUAGAUCUUGACGAUGAUGAUGACGAUGAAGUGGAAAUAGACGACGACGAUGAAGAAGAAGAUGACCUUAGGAUGCCAGUGCGACCAAAAGUAGCACCAAUGAAAGGCAACACAAGACACCAACCACCAGAAAUGGAAGAGGAAGAUACUGAUGAUGAUUUUUGA